AUGGCUGCAGCUCAAAAGAAGAAUACCACCACGUCCUCUGCUCCUCCUUCUCCCGAUUCCACGUCCACUGGAGUUCCAAGUAAAGGCUCAUUAUGGAAGUACCCAUCGGUAUCGUUAUUGGAACGACCUUUUGAUAUCAUUCUCGUCUUGUUUUAUUUGACAUUUAUUCUUUCAACAGCUUUCUUUGAUUAUCACAAUGUGUUAGCUCCUGCUCUCGGUGUUACUGUGAGAGAUUUAAUUGAUAGAGAUGUUGAAAGACCAUUGAAUUGGCCUCCACAUUCAUUUACCAAGACUGCUUUCAGAAUUUGGGGAGAACAAAUUGACCCUGUGAUGAUUACAAAUCCACAUUUUUGGCAAAUUAUGGAAUGGAUUAAUGUUGUGUUUAUGACUUUUGGUAAUGCUGCAAUGGCUUUGGCUUUCACUUUUGGAUGGAGAUCAUUCCGAACUCUUGGAAUUGUUCAUGCUACUUCGCUCAUGUAUAGCUUGGUAGUUUGCAUUGGUGUCGGAAUGUACGGUGGAGAAGGAUAUGAAGCUGUGAACAAGUUCCAAUUCUUGGUGGCAUACUCUCUCUAUCUCACAUUCCCAAUUGUUAUUAUCGGAAGAUUGUGGUAUGAAACUCCAAAUGUUUUCUGCAAGGAAUAUGUGAACAAUAAGCCUUUCAUGCAACAUGUUCUUGAAGGUUUCUGUGUUGUUCAUAUUCUCUUCUUCAUCACCUUCUUCUAUCAUUGGAUUUUAAUCAACACACCAUAUGUGUUGCCAGGCUGUCCUCCAAUACCAGUGGUGGGCCCAUUCUUGAUGGAAAUUUCAAAACUCAAUCUUUAA